AUGUUAGUCAAUGUACAUGAAAGAAAAAAACUUUCUUUAAGUGAAGGUGUUUCAAAUAACAAUAAUGGUGAUAAUGGACAUAUUCUAAGUAAUAACAAUAAGCAGAUUUCAAAUCAUGAUGAUGAGCAAAUCUCAUAUUAUAAUGAUGAGCAAAUCUCAAACCAUGAUGAUGAGCCAACCUUGAAUAACAACAAUGUCUCUAAUUCCAAUCAAGAUGACCAAGAACAAGAGAAUAGAAGUUUAGAAAAAAUGAAUGCCAA